AUGUUGUUGAGAAUUGGUCCAAAGGGCCUGCGAGUCAGGGCUUCCCGUCCUUUACACGAAUUGGGAGCUCUCCGCGGGGGCUAUCGUGCAUAUACGGCGACGGCGAGACGUUGGCAAGAUGUAUUUCACUCGCAGACCGAAGAUCCAAACUCUUCGGCCAUUCUAUCUUCCCUAAAAACUACGCCUCGUGUUGCGCAGACACUCACGGAGAAAAUUGUUCAACGAUAUUCCCUCGGACUUGCGAAGGAUAAGGUUGUGAAGUCUGGAGAUUAUGUUACCCUCUCACCCCAUUACUGCAUGACCCAUGACAAUUCCUGGCCCGUCGCAACUAAAUUCAUGUCCAUUGGUGCAACCAAAAUUCACAAUACUAAUCAAAUUGUUUGCACUCUCGAUCACGAUGUACAGAACAAAAGCGAAACGAACCUUAAGAAGUACAAACAAAUUGAGGAAUUUGCACGCCAGCAAGGUGUGGACUUUUACCCCGCAGGACGAGGAAUUGGACAUCAGAUUAUGGUAGAGGAAGGAUAUGCUUGGCCCGGAACUGUCACUGUCGCUUCAGACAGUCACAGUAACAUGUAUGGUGGUAUCGGAUGCUUGGGCACACCUAUGGUGCGAACAGAUGCCGCAAGUAUUUGGGCAACAGGUCGAACCUGGUGGCAGAUUCCACCAAUCGCUAAAGUCACCCUCACUGGAGUUUUACCAAUCGGAGUUACAGGGAAAGAUGUCAUCGUUGCACUUUGCGGUCUAUUCAACAGUGACGACGUUCUCAACCACGCCAUCGAAUUCACAGGAUCGGAACAAACAAUGCGCAGUUUACCCAUCGAUGAUAGACUUACCAUUGCAAACAUGACAACCGAAUGGGGUGCUCUAUCAGGUUUGUUCCCAAUUGAUUCGGUCCUCGAGAAAUGGUUGAGAUAUAAGGCUACAACAAGUGCAAUGUUUGCCCCGAAUAACGGCAAAGAACCCCGAUUCACCCAUGCUCGCAUCGAUGACUUGGUUCAAAAUCAACUUGUAGCAGAUAAGGGAGCUACCUACGCCAAAUCUUUGUACCUCAACCUUUCGACUCUCUCUCCUUACGUUGCUGGUCCCAACAGUGUCAAAAUCGCCACACCAAUCCGCGAUUUGGAAGCGCAAAAGAUCAAACUCAACAAGGCAUACCUCGUAUCAUGUACCAACUCUCGUGCUUCCGAUCUUGCUGCUGCUGCCAAGGUUUUCAAGGACGCUGCUGAGUCUUCUCCCGAUAAGACUAUUCCCAAAAUCCCCGAAGGUGUCAAUUUCUAUAUCGCUGCUGCUUCCAUUCCCGAGCAAGAAGCCGCCGAAGAAGCAGGUGAUUGGCAAGCACUUCUCGCAGCUGGUGCACAACCCUUGCCAUCAGGAUGCGGCCCAUGUAUCGGACUUGGUACUGGCUUGUUAGAACCAGGUGAGGUUGGUAUCAGUGCAAGUAACCGAAACUUCAAGGGACGUAUGGGAUCUACCGAUGCAAAGGCAUAUCUGGCGAGUCCUGAGGUUGUCGCUGCCAGCGCUCUUAGUGGCUAUAUUUCAGGUCCCGGAUGGUACCAACCACCUAUUGGUGUGAAUAAGGUUGUUCUUGGGGAAGGUAAUGGAAAUGUCGAAGAAGAUAAGGCUAUCAGCAUUGAGGAAGCACUCGAGAAACUCAUCUCACAAGCAGAGUCGAUCGUCGAUGGAGCUGAGUCUAGUCUUUUUGGUACCUCUUCAAAGCCCGAGGAAACGGAUUCCGAAUCAUUAACAGAGAUUCUUCCUGGUUUCCCUGAAAAGGUUGAGGGUGAGAUUGUUUUCUGUGACGCUGAUAACGUCAACACAGAUGCUAUCUAUCCAGGCAAAUACACCUACCAAGAUGGUGUCUCGGUUGAGAAGAUGGCUGAAGUAUGCAUGGAGAACUACGAUAAAGAAUUCCGCACGAUCGCUCGUGAAGGUGAUAUCCUAGUCUCCGGCUUUAACUUUGGGUGUGGCAGUUCUAGAGAACAGGCUGCUACUGCCAUCCUCGCCAAGAAGAUUCCCAUGGUGGUUGCUGGAAGCUUCGGAAACAUUUUCUCCAGGAAUAGCAUUAACAAUGCUUUGAUGGGAGUUGAGGUUCCAAGAUUAGUACAAAGACUCAGGGAACACUUUGCCGCUUCUGCACCAGUGCCAAAGAAGGAAGUCACAGAGCCAAGUGAGAAUAACGAAAGUCUUGACUCGCCAAAGCCAGCUGAACAAGCCGUACCACAAGGAGAGAAGAUUUUAACUAGAAGAACCGGAUGGAAGUUUGUAUGGGACGUUAGACGAAGCAAGGUAGAGGUGCAGGAAGGUGAGGGUGGUGAGAAGUGGAGUCAGAAGGUUGGAGAGCUACCACCCAAUGUGCAAGAAAUCAUUGCCAGAGGAGGUUUGGAGAAAUGGGUCAAGGGAGAGCUUGCGAAAAACUGA